UUGGUACGCGACCCCCCCGCGUGUGUGUUCACGAUGGUACGUUCCAGCCCCCCAUCUGUUCGCCUUGUUGUGAAAUCGUGAUUGAAGCAGAUCCGAGUGCUGAAGUCCACCGGGUCGCGAUGGCAACCGAGCAAGUGUUACUGUUCAGCUAAACAAAGUUCUAUGGCACGACGAAACGACGCGUUAUUACGGCUUGGGACGCACGACACUUAAUGUGAGAGAUACCGCGGUGUAUUUUCGGAGUAAAAAGAUGUCCCAGAGAUUCUGUCGAGUUUCUGUGCAGGAGAUCCAGUCUUGGUGGGAAGUCCCUGCCGUCGCACACUUCUGCUCACUCUUCAGGACGGCGUUCAACUUACCUGACUUUGAAAUCGAGGAGCUGGAAGAAGCGCUGCUGAAACAGGACGGAGACUUCCUCUCUGAGCUCGUCUGCUGUCUCCUGCAGGGAUGUUACCAGCGAAGCGACAUCACGCCUCAGGCUUUCCGCAGAUAUUUGGAGGACAUCAUCAACUACCGCUGGGAGCUGGAGGAGGGAAAACCAAACCCUCUGAAAGAGAGAUGUUUUGAAGAGCUCCCAGUCCGCACACAGGUGGAGAUCCUGCACAGGCUGUGCGACUACCGUUUAGACGCCGCCGACGUCUUCGACCUCCUUAAGGGUCUAGAAUCAGACAGCUUGCGUGUUGAGCCUUUAGGUCAGGAUGGACACGGUGCCCUUUACUGGUACUUCUACGGCACCCGCCUGUAUAAAGAGGAACCCGUCAAGAAGAAGCUCGGCGAAAUCCCUGAAAUAAGAGCGCCUGAGAAAAAACGGAGGGGAAGACCACCGAAAAACAAGCACGGAGACUCGUCACCAGUAGAGACAUCUACAAACGAUGAAGAGAAUAGAGCGGAGGAGCCACAGCUGACUAAAGGGCGUGAGCGUGGAACCUGGUCUCUGGUGUGUGAAAGUGAAGAGCAGUGGACCAGGCUGGCUGAAAGCAUUAAGGACAAAACCUCUCCUCAGGACCGGCACCUGUUUCGCAUCAUUACCCAGAACUUCCUGCCUGAGAUCAGCAGCAUGAUCAAGCACAAGGAGAAAGAGCAGCUGCAGAAACUUUUGAAUCCUCCUGUACGAAACUCUCUGAGGCUUUCCGACAAGCACGUCUUUAAAAAGGAGGAGGCUGUUUCUGAGGUGGAUCCAAAACAGAGAGAGGAGGACUUGGAAAGGCAGGCUUUACUUGCUGAGCAGCGUCGAGAAGAAGAACGACUCCUUCAAGAGGAGCGAGAAAGAGAGGAGCUAGAGCGGGCAAAAGCAGCUGAAGAACGAUCUCGGAGAAGAAAGCAGCGUGAAGAGAGGGCGUGGCUGCUGUCUCAGGGGAAGGACUUGCCGGCUGAGCUGCUCCACCUGGACCCCCACUCGCCCGUCCGGCGUACCCGUCGCACCAACGAGCUCUUUGAUAUCGAUGACGAUUAUGCCGCUCUUUACAAAGUGCUGGAGGCUCUGAAGGCUCACAAAGACUCUUGGCCGUUCAUGGAACCCGUGGAUGAAUCCUAUGCGCCUAAUUAUCAUGAGAUCAUUCAGACUCCUAUGGAUCUGUCCACCAUUGAGAGAAAAUUAAAUGAUGGCGAGUACGUUGCCAAGGACGAGUUCAUAGCCGACAUGAAGCUCAUGUUCGAGAACUGCCUGGAGUACAACGGAGAGGGGAGCGAGUACACCAUAAUGGCAGAGUCCCUGGAGCGCUGUUUCAGCAGAGCCAUGCUAAAACACUUCCCGUCAGAGGACGGAGACACCGACGAGGAGUUUCAGUUGAGCAAGGAGGACCGCGAACGUGAGCGAAAGGACAAGAAGAAGAGUAAAAAUAGUCGGCACUCAGGGCCCGACAGCUUGAUCCGGGCCACAGAGCAAGCACAGAAACGCAAAGCAUCUAGUGGAGGUAAAGGAGGCAACCACCCCCAGGAGAACGGCUCCAAAUUUGCUUCUGGACCACCUGGUUUCCAGUACAGCAACAGGCCCACACUUCCUUACAACGUGAACACAGGACAGCCUCGCUCUGGGAACAAUCCACUGCACGGCAUGUACCAUCCUUCACAACAGCUUCAGCGACAUCAAGGUCCUCCAGGACCAGGAAUGUAUGGCCAAGGUAUGAUGAUGGACCCCAGAUAUCCAUAUCCAGGACAGAGACCUCUCAUGGGUAGAGCUCCAGGAGCUCCCCAACACAUGUCUCAUUAUUCUAUGCAGGGUCCAACUACACAUGGUCCGCACUUUGGUCCGAGAUACCCAAUGGGACCUGAUUCUCGUCACCUUCAUCCUCAAAACCAACAACAUUCCUACAUUGGUCCCACUCAUGGCCCAUCGCUAGGACCAAGACCAGUAGCCCUUCAGUCUGGAGGAUUGUGUACCACUCCGUCCGAAGGCGACAUGUAUCGACCUCAACAUCACCCAGAAGGGCAGCCCAUGGGAAAUGGUUACCCUAGGUCCCUGCACAACUCCUUCACUACCUAUGGACCUCCACCCACACCUUACGGUUCUUGGCCAGGCUCGAACCAACAGCAGCUUGGACGUCCAAUGAUGCAGGAACAGGCUAUAGGUGGUCAGCACCCAUACGGUCAUGGCAUGAUGCGUCCCCCACACAGUGCUGGAUAUCCCCCUUCUAAUGGCCAGUACAGGAUGUCAGCAGUUAGCUCUCAGGGAUCCAUGCCCCACAGACCUCCCAUGACCCCUCCAGAGCCCAGACCACAUGUGGGAUCAAUGAUGGACAGUCCGGAGAUGAUUGCCCUGCAGCAACUGUCAGCAUCAUCCUCUCGCCAUAGCGUUGGAGGUUACCAAGAAACUCCAGCAAGGAAACCUAAUAUGGCAACAGCUCCUGAAAGCCAGAACACAAGGUCUGCAGAAGAUAGCCAAGGUGCUGACAGAGUGUCUAUAGUAACAGGUUUAGGGGUGGAACUGGCAAAUAAACAGCAGAGCGAGGAGUCCAAUUGCUCACCUUGUCCUGGUCCAGCUAUGGUCCCUGAACAUCCCAGUGGUGCCCAGCAGAACCCCAGUGCCACAAUGUGGGGUGGCUCACCACAGAAGUCUUCAGCAGAGCUUGCACCAACUGUGCUAUCCACACCAAAAAAAGACAUAUCACAGCUGGAAGGAGAAAGCAUCAGAGCCAUACAAAUUAGUCCCGUCUCUCAGGUGGAUCCUCAGUCUGAAUCCCAGUCACAGAAAUAUCAAGAUUCCUCACACUCUUCUAAUAAUGGUCCUGUGAAGAUCACUCAGAAAAACUCAGAUAUGUCCGAGCAAAUGUCUUCCACCCUUCUUUCAGAGGUCUCCAAAAAUGGCCCUCUAAAUAUUCCUCAACGAAUGUUGCCCAGUAACACUCAGCAAGUUCCUCAAGGUGUAUCUCCACAGUACCUUCACAGCGGGACACUACACAUGUCUACUAAUGCUCCUCACAAGCUGGACCUACAGCCAGGACCUGUUCAUGGCAUGCCACAGUCUGUACCUCAAGGGUCACAGCCAGGUGCUCAACACCCUGCCACAUUAAUUUCACUGCCUUCCAGCCACCCUGUUUCCCAACCUCUUGCUCAACCCUCUCCUGCUGAACGUGGUGACCAGAGACCCAGUGAGCCUACACGGGAGCCUGAGGGAAGCUCUGGUGGUCUCAAUCCCGAUAUGAAGAAUGCCCUUGCCAAUGUCAACGGGCAGUACAAACAGCAGCCUUUUAGCCCAGAAUUACAAACCCAGAUAAACAGGCCAGAACAGGCACCACCACAAGGACACACACCACCAAGUCACCCUCAUGGUCCAGAGACCAACACUAUGGUUCAGUUUGGCAUGGCCAAUCCACAUUAUACCAAAUACAUGGGCAGACCAGUGCCCCCGUCUUCUCAUCUGCCUUACCCAAACCAAGCGCCACAGUCUCAAUCUAUGAGCCCUCAUCACAAUUCUGCCCAUUAUUCUCCAUAUCAGCAAGGUGCAGUGUAUCAGUACCACAUGGGUCCACAGCACCCUCAGGCCCAUCCCAGCAUGCAUGCUUCAUACCAGCAGCAACAGCAGUACUAUCCCCAGCACCAGCAAAACAGCAGGCCUGGUUUCCCAGCAAGAGAAUGGCCUAGAUCCCAGUACCAGCCUCAUCCCCCAAUGAUGCCCAACACUUACCUACCUGCUGCAGGUUCUGGCAUAAAUGGUCGGCAGAAGGAGAACACCAUGUCUCCUCUGGGCUCAGAUGGUUCUGGUGGGAACGUUAUGUCUCCGAAUCUUCUUACCGAUGUAUCCCAGGGCAGCUCCACUGAGAAUCAGGAGGGCGCCACCCCGGCAAAACAGGCACGGACUGAGGACAACUCUGAUCUGCCUGAAAGCCCGAAAGAGAUACUGGAUCUAGACAGCCACAAUGCUGCAGCCCACCGGCGCAGCUCUGCUCAGCCCCAACACAACUACCCCUACGAUCCACGGGCCAUGCAUCACAGCAUGCAACAGGGCGGAGCUUCCCAACCUCACGGUGUGCCAGGUGGACCAUACUCCAGGCCUCAGAACCCAAGCGGACAUUUUGGUCCUCACAAUCCUCACCCUCACUUGAUGGAGGCACUGCAGCGGCCCCAGCACCUGCCCUACACACCAGGACAGACUAUGUACCGUCACCCACAUGCCUCAGGUCACUUUCAAGGCAUGAUGUUGCAUCAGAGAAGCAUGAUAUCAGAACACUUAUAUCAUCCACGGCAACACCUGAUGAGUGCAGCAGCUCCAAGUGGUCCUGGCAGUAAGCAGGGAGUGUGAAAGGUAACGGACAAAUCAAAGGGAAAAGGCUGAGCAGAGACCUGCACCGUUUCCUCAACUAAAAAAAAAAAAUUAAUAAAAUUUUGAUGCUGGCAGAAGUAUCUGUGAAAAGACACAUGUGGUUUUUGGCUUGUGUUUGUGUCCUGGAACGUACAGCUUCCUCUGGACCGCAUAGACGAUCUCUACGGGCUGAAAUGUGGUCGGGGCUGCGACUUGCCCUAUCUGUAUAUACGCUCCAUAUGUUUGAGAGCUUCUGCACUUUGGUGGCGAGUAUUGACCUUCUGACAUGGUAGGAUGUACAGCUCACAGGAUCCUCUGCAUGCGCAGCUACAUGGAAAGACGUCAGGGGGUUGUGUAGUAACUCGAUGUUCUUUUCCAAAGUCAAACUCAGGUGUUGAAAAGAAGGUACUUGGGGCGUCUUUAUUCUCCAUGGACACACUGGAAACUGUUGCCUUUUGCAUCAUUGUUGAAUGUUGUGUGUGUGCGUGCAUGAAUGUAUGAACGAACACUAAUAUAGAUUACAGCGUGGCGAGUGGAUCAGCAGACUGCUCUCCACCUUUAACUUGUUCAGAUUUUCAUGUAGUCUUGCAAUAUGUAAUCUUGCGUUCACACUAGCAAGCAACACAGAAACAUUUGUUCGUUUCCUUUGUACCUGCGUGACAAUUAGCCACUAUUUUACUGAUGGUAGCAAACGUGAUUUUCUUUUUUUUUUUUUUCCCCAAAUGUAUUCAAAUAAGGUAUGACACGUUAAAUUGCAAAACGACAAAUCAAAACAAUUGGAGUAUACUGGAAGUAUUUCUCAGACCAGUCACGUGGUCUGACAUUUCUUCAGUUUCUUCUUCCACACUCAGACUUGCCGCGAUUUCAUCGUUUCUUCACGCGUAUGACGUUUCGCCAAUUUGUAUAGAGACAUUAUGAAGAAACCUAAAUCUCGGAAGGAGGUAGCAGAGCUCCUCGGUUCCCCUCGUGGAAAAACAUAGCUAGUACGUUUAGCUAUAACAUGCAAAUCGAACACCUUUAAAUGUAUUUUAAACAAGUUGUGUGUAAAUCCAAAAUGCUAGUGAUGACAAUUUCCACGCCCGCAAGAGAGAAACCACAAACAUGAACAACUCGCGUGCUAGCGUGAACAUAAGGAUCUGCGUCCUUCAACACUGCCUUGGCUUGUAGAAUGUUUUUGGACUCGUAGCGCUCCUCUGCUCCUCUUUUAUGCACUAGAGAUAGUCUUUAUUACUGGAAUUAGUGGCCUUGAACUUGUGCUACACGUGUGUGUGUAUAUGUAUAUAACGCGACUCGAUGAGAUUUUCCCAUGCUAGUUUACGUAUAAAUCCACACAGUGAUCACGGAGAGACUUUUAAGCUGUCCGAGGUUCCCUCUUCUACUUUCUUCUAGCUGUAUUUCACUACGCUUUUUCUUCUCUGAGUCUGAUUCUGAGUUUUAGCUGCUUGUGUCGGAAAAAGCAUCAAUAUCGUGAUGAUCAACUGUGAAAUUAGAUCACACGAGACAAGUCUUCAGAUUCAGAUCAUCUGAACCGAAAAAUGUUUUUAUAUUUUGGUGCUUCCUCUUUCACACUAUUCGUCCUCAGGGUGUUGUGCUUUUAAUACGGGUAUAAAGCGAAUCAGUUUUUUAAAAGGGGAAGUGACGAAGUGGGCGUGCGACUGGAACUGUGAUGAUUACUCGACCUCAGUUGAUGUGAAGACGGUCUUUUUUUAUUGUUUUUAUAUGAUCUUGAGUUGUGUUUUUUGCAGCCUCUCGUGUGGGUAAGAAACAAAAAGAAUCUGGAAGCUGUGAUGAAUUCUUUUGUUUUUGCGAGAUUCGUGUUUUUCUUCAGAAGGAAAAGUUGGCAUUCUGUUGGAUUUUGUGGAUUCUGUGUGUGAGACGAUGAGCUCUGUGUGUGCGCCUGUUUUACUUUUUAUUCAUUUAGCUGUAACAUUUAAUAUUAACAGCCAGAUCUGUGCUGAUUUCCACACAUCUAUCUACCUCAUGAAGUUGGAGUCUGGCGAGUCUCUCUCUCUCGCUCUCUCUCUCUCUCGUGCUCUCUCUCUCUUUCUCUCUCUCUCACACACACACGCUCUCACACACACAAUUCCAUGUAUACACUGCAACAUUUCCUCUUUCGACUGCAAAACCUGUGAUUAAAACUAGCCUUAACUUUUUUAAAGCAGAAAAACUCAAACAGCAUCAGGAGACCAUAUACAGGAGACCAUAUAGAGUCUUUUCUCAUUACAAACAGAUCACUGCAAGUUUUCUCAUCUGCUUUUUUGUUGUUGUUUUGUUUUAACUAAAGGUAUGUCCGGUUUUGAGUCAUACAGUACAAAGGCUACACACUUUAUAGCCCUUUUGGUAUGAAGAGUGUUUGCUAGUCAUAUUUCAUUCAUUUUGUCAGUGAAUAAAAAUAGGAGCAGAAGAAAUCACUAGGUGCAGGCUGAUGUAACAUUGACCUCACUUUUUUUUUAUUAAAGAAAUAGAUAGAAAAUAUUUUAGCACUAGAUGAAGUGCUUUUAGAUUGUCUGAUAUGUGAAUUAUUUUCUACUGUACAGAUUUCUUUUUUUUAUUUGAGUUAGGGACUGAUCCACGCCUACUGAUUCCUUAGCAUCUUUGCUGUCUGUAUUUCUAUCUACACUAGUGACGACUAGAUUUGGUUAAAUAUAAAUCAUAUUUAUUUGCUCUUUUACAUUUUGUACAUUGCUUUUUUUUUGGGGCUUGUUUUUAUAAAUGUCUGCGCUUUUUUUUUCUUUAUCUUAUUUUUAAACAGUUGUCGAUACCUCAGUAGCACAACGGCAUCAGAACAACUUUUGUAUAUUUCAUUUUGAUGUGAAGUUUACAGGUUCUUUUUUUUUUUUUUUUUUUUUUUUGGAAAUGGACCGAAGUGUUUUCUAUACUCUGUACAUUUCUUAGAAUAAAAAAACAAAGGAACUUGA